AUGCCGACUCUCAGCGACUUCUUCUAUACCCAAUUCCUUCUCCGAAUCCCCCAGCCAUCCGCCUCCUUCACCAACAAGACUAUCAUCGUGACCGGCGCCAAUGGAGGCUUAGGACGAGAAACCGUGAAGCACCUCAUUCGUCUCGGGGCCGAGAAGAUCAUCUUCGCGUGCCGCAGUCGGUCCCGAGGCGAGCAGGCCCAACGCGAGAUCGAGGCCCAGCUGAACUGUAAGACCAACCUCAUCGACGUCCGAGAACUCGACCUGGAGUCCCCGGCCUCGAUCAAGCGGUUCGCAGAAUGGGCCGCUCGCUCACUCCCGCGCGUUGACGUCCUGAUCAACAACGCCGGGAUCCACGCCAACAAGUUCAAAGUCGUCUACGACACCGAGCGCACCCUGGCCGUCAACAACAUCGGCACCUUCCUGCUGACGGUCCAGAUGAUCCCGAAAAUGCAGGCGACAGCUCGAACCUAUGGCGUCACGCCGGUGAUCACCUUCGUCGCCUCCGCGCUCUACGACAUCGCCGAGUACCCCGCGCAGCACGGGGAGGAUAUCUUCACCUGGUUUCGGGAGGAAUCCCACGUGAACUUUAUGAACCAGUACAACCUCUCCAAGUUACUGCAACUUUACGCGAUGAUCAAGCUAGCCGCCCUCGUCGACUCGACGAGCGAUCGCUCUUCCUCGAUUGCGGUCAACGCCCUCGACCCGUGUUUCUGCAAGACCGGCAUCAUCAGCGAGUCCACCGGGCUGGCCAGGGUGCUCUUCAAGAUCUUCGAGGCGAUCACCGCCCGCACCGCCGAGGAGGGGGCCCGGCUGGUGGUCCAGACGGCCGCCGCCGGGCGCGAAACCCACGGACGGUACAUGCGCGCCGGCGCCGUGCAGGCCUAUGCCCCCAUCGCGGCCGACGAGCGGCGGGCCACAUACGUGUGGGAUGCGCUCUGCAGGAGGCUGGAGGCCAUUCAGCCUGGUAUCAUGCAGAAUCUGUGUUGA